CAGCGCCGGAGCCCGGGGGGAGUGCUGCCCCGCCGACCGACCGGCCAGGGCUGGGGGCGGCUAGGACGGCCCCGGUCCAAGUGGAGACCACAGAGGGCCCGGGGCAAGCAGGGGCAGCAAUGGUUGGUCCUGACGGUGGCUGAGCCCGCAGCCCCUGGAAUAUGCAGCCCAGGGAAGCCCCAGGCAGCGCCAAGGACGAGGCGGCGGAGUGGGGCGGGAGGCAUGGUCUCCACCUACCGGGUGGCCGUGCUGGGGGCGCGAGGCGUGGGCAAGAGUGCCAUCGUGCGCCAGUUCCUGUACAACGAGUUCAGCGAGGUCUGCGUGCCCACCACCGCUCGCCGCCUCUAUCUACCUGCUGUCGUCAUGAACGGCCACGUGCACGACCUCCAGAUCCUGGACUUCCCACCCAUCAGCGCCUUCCCUGUCAACACGCUGCAGGAGUGGGCAGAUGCCUGUUGCAGGGGACUCCGGAGUGUCCAUGCCUACAUCCUGGUCUACGACAUCUGCUGUUUUGACAGCUUUGAAUACGUCAAGACCAUCCGCCAGCAGAUCCUAGAGACAAGAGUGAUCGGCACCUCGGAGACGCCCAUCAUCAUCGUGGGCAAUAAGCGGGACCUGCAGCGCGGACGCGUGAUCCCACGCUGGAACGUGUCACACUUGGUGCGCAAGACCUGGAAGUGCGGCUACGUGGAGUGCUCGGCCAAGUACAACUGGCAUAUUCUGCUGCUAUUCAGCGAGCUGCUCAAGAGCGUUGGCUGUGUCCGCUGCAAGCACGUGCACGCUGCCCUGCGCUUCCAGGGCGCGCUGCGCCGCAACCGCUGCGCCAUCAUGUGACUCCCCCCCACCGCGGGCUGCAGCCCCCACAGGCCCAGGCAGCUUCCCCUCGGGACUGCGGGGCUUGACCGGAGAGAAGCCAGAAUAGAAUUGUGAUGGUCCUGUCCUGAAGCACCCCUGCAGCCACGCGCCUCACCGUAAGAGGCGGGGGGACCCUCCCACAACUGCCCCGUCCUCCCCUCCCGCACUUGUCUGCCCAGGACGCCGGCCUUUAGUGCCAUAGGUAGUGCGGUACCCUGCCCGGCCCUAAGGGGAGCUGCGGCCUUUUGGGAUUAGGGAUGAGCACGUGAGAGUGGAGGGUUGGGGUAGGGAGGUGCUGCCUUGGCCGGGUCCCCACGGGUCUUCCUCAGAAAGUGUGUCUGUCAUUGCCCCGCAACCUCCUUUCCCGUGUCUGUCAGUCUGCCCAAGCGGCUUUUGGUGCCCAGCUGUUUUACCCACCCUCCGGUUCCCCCCGUCACCCAGCUCCGUUCAUAGGGCUCUCAUUUCAUCCAUCCCUUUCUCGCAGAUCCUGGCAGCUUUUUGAGGCCAGCCUUCUGACCUUUGGCACCAUUGACACAGGGCAGAGAGAUGUGGGUGGCCCAAGGUCCACAACUGGGGUCUGAGAGUUGAGGCCCCAGAUGAGUCGGGGGAGAAGGCUGACUCUCCUUCCAGGGAACCUCCAUGCCCAGCAGCCCCCAGAGACACAACAACCUACCUUCCAGCCUUAACUUGAUGGUCUGUCCCUGCCGGGUGCCCCUCACCCCCUUCUUGACCCCAAAGCCAGAUUGCCCCCUGGGUUAAAACUUUUUUCUUGACAGAGUGUGGAGAGGGAAUCCCU